AAUAAGUCCAUUUGUGAAAUUUCCUUGCUACUAAAUAUUCCGUGGUCAACUGUAAGAGGUAUUAUAACAAAGUGGAAGCAACUGGGAACAACAGCAAGUCAGCCACAAAGUGGUAGGCCACGUAAAAUGACAGAGCGGGGUCAGCGCAUGCUGAAGCACACAGUGCGCAGAAGUCGCCAACUGUCUGCAGAAUCAAUAGCUAAAGACCUCCAAACUUCAUGUGGCCUUCAGAGUGUCAUAGAAUGGAUUUCCAUGGCCGAGCAGCUGUGUCCAAGCCUUACAUCACCAAGUGGAAUACAAAGCGUUGGAUGCAGUGGUGAACAGCACUCCACCACUGGACUAUAG